AUGGCCGCUUCGUAUAUUUCGGUCCCCCGCAGUUCGUCGCGGUCUCCCAGUCCCAGUCCCAGUCCCACGGCGAUCCCCCUUCGCGGAAUCUUGACGGAGGAUAUCGAGGCUGCCGAGGUCGAGUAUAAUGCGGCAGAGAUCCUCGACGACCACCCGUUGCGCUCCUAUCCGAGAAAGUGUUGUCCCGGCUUGACGUACUUCUUCCAAGCCUGGUACCGGGUGGCAUGGAAGAAUUGGAACGAACGGGUGUUUCGCCUCGUCGGGGUUAUCCAGUGCCUGGGGGUCUUGUCGAACGGGCUCUUCUACUUUGCGUCGGGGGACUAUGACUGGAGAGAAGGAUGGGAACCUCCCCAGCAGGAGCGGUUCGAAUUUACUCGAUGGCCAGCGGAAUUUGGACAGUCGACGCGAUGCAUCUCCCACCACAACCUAGCCUUUCCCGACCCCAUCAGCUUCGCGAUCAACGCCGGCUGCACCGGUGCGCGAGUGGACAUCUGGCUGUACAACAAUGACAUCUUGGUGGGAAGUUCGGUCCAAUCGCUGGAUACGAGGAAUACCCUGAAGGACCGCUAUAUCGAUCCGCUGCUCAGAGUGCUGAAGUCUCGAAAUCCGACCAGCGACAAGACGCCGGUCGGAGUCUUCGACGAUCCCACGCGUUCCUUUGUGCUCAUCUUAGAUUUUCGGUCUCUGCCGGGCCCCUUAUGGCCGCAUGUGUUGUCGCAGUUAUCUGCUCUCAGGGAUGGAGGCUAUCUCACACACAUGAAGGGGUCGCAGCUGAUCCAGCGACCUGUGACGGUGGUGGUUUCGGGCCGGAUUCCGCUGGCAUUCGUCAACGCGAUCCAAUCCGAUCACCGGGAUAUCUUCUUUGAUGCCUCGCUGGACGAGAUGGUUCUCGAGAGCCGCGAUCGCGUGUCGGGGUAUUCGAAUCAUCAACGGCGGGCGGUGGAGAACAGCGAUCACGAUGACAGCAGCGAAUCCGAGGACAGGAGCCAAGACGUCGAGUCGAUCGACUCCCGCACCCGCGCGAGGACCCCUCCGGACUAUAAUCCCCAGAACAGCUUCUGUGCGUCGGCCAGCUUCCGAGACUCGGUCGGGUUCCCCCGUCGCAACCGGUUCUCGAGCCACCAGAUGAACCUGAUCCGGCAGCACAUCCAGGUGGCCCAUCGACACGGCCUCAAAGCGCGGUACUAUGAUAUCCCCGGGCGGAGAGGACUGCGCGAUCUGAUCUGGCACACCCUGGCGCAGGAGGGGGCGGAUUUGAUUGACGUGGACGGGUUCUGGGAUCGGUCCGCGGGGCGGGGGUGGCCAUUAAAUUCGCAAGGGUCAUGA